AUGGCCAACCCACUCGAUACCGACGUCGGCUCUGAGCUCUUCAGCAGCUAUGAAGCCGAGCUCAAACUCGUCCAGGCCGACCUGAGCCAGAAGCUCGACCAGAUCCCAGAUCUGUCUGGAGAACCCCGAAAGGCAGCCAUCAGCCAAGCAGAGCGAGCAGUAGAGGAGGCAGAUGAAUUGCUCGAGCAGAUGCGCAUUGAGAAAGCGAACAUCCCUUCCUCAACCCGUACCAAAGUCAACCAACGCUUCCGCAACCACGAGUCGGACGUCGACGUCGCAAAGCGGAAACUGCGCUCCCUAGCCGACGACCGAUCCGCGCUCUUCGGAUCCCGAUACUCAGAUAACCCGAACGAUGUGCAGCUCGAGCAGCGCCAACAGCUGUUGUCGGGAACCGAUCGUUUGGACCGCAGCUCGCAGAGGCUGAAGGCUAGUCAGGCGCUGGCGAAUGACACGGAGGCUAUCGGAGCAAGCACGCUUGCGGACUUGCAUACGCAGAGAGAGACGAUCAUGCAUACGAAUGCUACUUUGCUGGAGAGCGAGGGAUAUGUGGAUAGGAGUGUGAAGACGUUGAGGGGGAUGGCGCGUAGGAUGGCUACAAAUCGGAUUAUAACUGUUUGUAUCAUCACGGUUUUGGUUCUCCUCAUCAUUGCUGUGGUUUACAGCAAGUUCAGUUGA